AUGCUGUAUCCUUCAGAUGUCCACACCAGUGUGGUCGUUACGCGCAGAAUACCAUCUGGCACCUGUUUCGGUCCUUGUGUGCUGCAGGGAUCUCUCAACAGCAUCGCUUUCAUAGCCCAGAAGUCCAGCGAUAACCGGAACAACACUUAUGUAUUCAGGGUGGACCCCGAGGCUUUAAGUGACUCUACGCUGCUCUUCUCUUGGUUGCGUCUCAUCCAAGCCGCGCGUAACGCUGAUGAACAGAACACAGAGGCCUUUGUGAAGGAGGACCAGCUUCACAUACGCACCACGCGGGAGGUCCAACCCGAAGAGGAACUCCUGGUGUGGUACAGCGACGACCUGUGUCAUCUGCUGAGAUUCACAGAGCUGAAGAGAGAGCCUUCUCAAGACUUGAAGUGUGCCAGAUGCAGCCAGGUGUUCAAACACGAAUAUUCCUUCCUUGCCCACUGCCGUUUUUUGUGCCCGCACAUGAGAGCAGACACCUGGAGCCUGGACUACAAUAGACACAUAGAAGCACACAGCAUCCGUCAAAGGCAGCACAAAGUGACAGACUUCCACAACAUCGCCAGGGAUUUGGAACAGAAAAACAAAUCAGAGGCAUCGGGGGACGUCUCACCAAAGAAAAGAAAGAAUGAGGAUCCAUGGGAGCGUCAAACCUUGACUUAA